ACGCCGUCAUGGACAUCCGACCAAACCACACCAUUUACAUCAACAAUGUAAAUGACAAAGUAAAGAAAGAAGAGAUGAAGCGCUCGCUGUACGCGCUCUUCUCUCAGUUCGGCCAGGUCGUCGACAUCGUGGCCUCCAAGACGAUGAAGAUGAGGGGCCAGGCCUUCGUCGUCUUCAAGGAGCUCGCCGCGUCCACCAACGCCCUGCGGCAGCUCCAGGGCUUCCCCUUCUACAACAAGCCCAUGAGGAUACAGUACGCUAAGACGGACUCCGAGGUCAUCGCCAAGGUGAAGGGCACGUACAGCGACAAGGACAAGAAGAAGGACAAGAAGAAGAAGGCUCUGGAGCCGGUGGCGACCAGCCUGCUGAAGAAACCGCCGGCGGUGAGCGGCGAGGGAUCGGCAGAAGCACCUGUGAACUCAGGCGCAGUCCAGGUGCUGGACAACCCGCCAAACUACAUCCUGUUCCUCAACAACCUUCCUGAAGAGACCAACGAGAUGAUGCUCUCCAUGCUGUUCAACCAGUUUCCUGGUUUCAAAGAGGUGCGGCUCGUCCCGGGGAAGCACGACAUCUCCUUCGUGGAGUUUGAGGGCGAGACGCAGGCGGGCGUGGCUAAAGACGCGCUGCAGGGCUUCAGGAUCACGGCCACCUGCGCCAUGAAGAUCACGUACGCCAAGAAGUAGUCCCUGAGCGGAGGGAUCCCGUUCUGUCGUCGGAUGCUUUUGAUUUUUGUAAAUGCUUUUUUUUCUGCUUUUCUUUUUUUCAUGACGUCGAGGCGAGUAAUCGCCAGCCCACAUCUUGUUUUGUAAAAUAAAAAUCUUUUACAUGA